AGAAGCGGUUUGCUUCAAACAAUCAAUAAAUCCGAUUGUUUGCGCGUCAACACAACCAGUCAACCGUCAGCGAAGUACACGGCGGUGUACAUUUUUCCUCCAAAAGAGCGAAAACACAGAAAUACUUGCGUUUGUUUAUACAGAGCAUGUGGAAGCAUUGCGCUGCGCGUACGUGCUUGGAAGGGCUAACGCGACGACGGCAAGAAUAUUGUCCACACAGCAUGCCUUAUCGAUCAACGCAACGAUCGCGACAAAAGGGAAGCGAAUACCAGCGUGCUGGUAUUGGUGUGUGCUUGAGCGUAAGCAUAAAACCGGAGCAUCACGUUACGAUCGGCAUGAAACGAUGCUGCUGCUGCUGCAGCAGCUUCAGCUAUUGCCUUCUCUUUCUAGCCGGUUUUCGGCCAGAGCACGGUGUACGGUCGCACAGGAAGUGAUUGCGUGAGGUUCUGCUGAUGAAGUGAAGAGUGUUUGAUGUCUGAGUCUAGACGAAAGAAGUGCCAACAGUCUGCAGACAGCCAAGAAUAGCAAACUGAAACAACAGCGGCUUUCCCCCGGUCGGCGAACUCGGCGAUGAUCGUCUACGUGGAAGUGAUGAUGAUAUCACGCAGGCGCUGGAAUUGGAUGCUGCUUUUUAUCGGCUGCUGUUGCCUGGUUACGCUCGCCGUAGCCCAAACGCAGGAAUCCGAUGCAACGUCAGCAUCGGCAGAAGGGACCGACACCACCGCGACUGCUUCCUCCGCCGCAAGAGAGGACACGGAGCGAACAGUGUACAGCGACCCACCGGACACACCGGAAGAUGGCAGCAGCUUCAUCGACCAGUACGAGCAGGGCGUGCAGGCGUACCUCACGAACGAGUGGGAAGACUGUGUGUACUUUCUCGAGCGCGCACUGGAGGGCUACCGGACGUACUACGAGUCGGUGGCAAACUGUCGCAUGGAGUGCGAGUACGCCGCGCGCGACGUCAAGCACCGGGGCGAGUUCCUGCACGGCAGCAACGUAGACAAUCUGCAGCACUACGAGCUGAUUCUGCGCCGAACGCUCUGUCUGUCCAAGUGUGCCCGGCGGUAUGCGAUCUAUCGGUACCUUCCGUUCAGCGAAGACUUCGACGGACACUACAUGGAUGUAUUUCAGGAGCUGAAGGUGUACCCCUAUCUGUACGCGUGCUACGUUAAGUCAAACCGUGUAACGCUGGCAGCAUCGGCCGCCUAUACGUAUCUGGUGAAACAUCCGGAGAAUACAGUGAUGAAGAAAAAUUUCGAAGAAGCAAUCGAAAUGCCCGGAAUCGAUCGGGACGAGAUCCACGACCUCGAGGAGAAGAAAUUCGUCGAACUGCUUAUCGGAGGCAUCGUCGACGAGCAGGAAAACAACUGGGAGCGUGCGAUCGAACAGCUCGAGAGCUCCAUCAAGCAGUUCAUCUUCGACGAGAACCAAUGCCGCGCCUUUUGCGAGGGUGAAUUUGAUCACGGUUUCCUGCCCGACUUUAUCACCGCGAUCGGAAAUCAUUUUACGUAUGCGCUGCAGUGCAAACGGAACUGUACCUCGAACAUGGGUAUGGUGCGUGGAAAGUACUACGACAAUCUGUUCCCCCGCCACUAUCAACAUCUGCAGAAAGCUUACUAUCACGUAAAACGGUACGAAGAAUCGUACCGGGCCGGUAUGAGCUAUUUGCUGUUCCACGCAGAUGAUUUCGAUAUGCCGGAAGCACUGAAAACGAUCGAAGCGGAAGCCAAGGGUUCAGUGACAGCCAACUUCUUCAAGGCUCGUCGGGAAGCGGUCGAGUACAAUGAUCGGCUGCAGUACGAGGAAAAGCUGGCACGUUUCAUAAAGCAAGAGUUUGAUCUGCUGGAUAAUGUGGCCGGUUCGAAUGCCGAGCUGGAUGAUGCAGAGUUUGAAGAUGAAGACUCGGUGGAUACAAUGGAAGGUAACAGAGUAGAUGAAGAGGGGGAGACGCUGGAGCAAAACGAUCAAGCAGAGCUUGAAGAGAUGGCAGCAAUGAGCUUUAUCCAGCAGAAACUAUCGGGUAUAACGAUCACGACGAGCUGUAGGAGAGGCUGAACGAGGUCCGAUCAUCCUUCAGAGGCGGUUAGUCAUCCGCCCGCUGUGCCAUAAAGGUGUCUUCUAGUAGAUCUUAACAUUGAAACUCACCUCUCACACAUACACACUGUCUUUUUUUCUAUAUAACAAUAAGUUAAGCAAUAAAUAAACGAACAAAACUGAAGAGAGAGGGAGCUCUACACCAAAAAGGAAAACAAAAGACAAGAUGAAGUCUUUGCAAUCGAUUUGUUUUUGGUUUGUUAUUUGUUUCUUUUUAUUCCGGUUUUUUUGUUUUUAAUAAUGCUUUACAUAGAUCAAACAUAUCUAAACUUUGGAAAAUGUACCAUUUCAAAUAUAUAUAAUAUAUGUAUAUAUGUAUAAUAAUAUAAUGUAUCUA